AUGAAGCGAAGGCGCUCGAAGUCGCAAGACUCGGGCGCUCACAGUGGUGUCGGUUCUCCUGUUGACACCACUUCGCAACGAGGUGCCAGCACUUCUGUCGGCACGUCGCAAGAAGAGUGGGACCGCAGUGUGUUGCUUCUCGCUCCCGAGAAGAAGGAAUGGGUGCAUCCCAAAGUCCGUCAUGGAUCACUUGUCGGCGACGACGAGUGA